CUUGGCCUGCAUGCAACAUUAACACAUGGUCGUGGGUGAACGUUGUCAUGGUAACUGAUAAAUAGUCCUUGUCGUCGAUUAAGUAUUGAAAUUCAUAAUUGUAAACAAACCGUCAGCAUCAGGAUGUCUGUGCGCGAUAAAAUCCACAAGUUCGAAGAUAUGGAGAAAGGGAAGAGUGAAGAAGGUACAUCGAGUUCCAGUCAAGGCAAAAAGUUCUUUUAUCCAGGAAAGCAACCAAAGGCUCCAGCUGAGCCUGCUACAGUAACAAUUCCUCAAGUUAGAACCAAGCAUAACAAUCUUCCAGAUUAUGAGGCAGAUCUGCAAGAAGUGUGGAGUGUUAGGAAGAACAUACGACAUGUAAUGAGCAAUAACGUCAAUCAUGGAACAACAGGAGGAUCACAGCAAGUCGGAGCAGGGCUAGGCAAAAAAUUUUGUCAGCAUUAUUCACGUCAUGGAGCUGCAAUACCAGCCCAGCCUGCAGCAGAGCCCUCAAAAGAAGGAGGCCGGUACACAGCAGGACUGAUGGAGACCAGUCAAAGUUUGUGUAAGAGAUCCCCACUUCAAGAACAAAAUCACUUUGAAACUAGAACGUGGAACUUGAAAACGCCCGGUUUCUCGUAUACCGAAGGUGUUAAAAGACCGGGAAGACAGUCACCCACAGAAGGUGAUUUGCCACCUCAUACUAAAAGAAAAUUAGCAGUUGGAGAUAGCAACAAUGACAUACCACCUCUAAGACAAUUCUUCAAUCAUGGUCAAGAGCAAAACAAUGAUAAAUCUCAAUAUGCACAGCGAAUGGUGCAAGGGCACCUUAAAUCAGUUGGAAUGGGUCAAUAUACACCUAGUGCCAGUUACAGCAAGCAUCAAAUAGAAAAGAAAACAUCCUGGAAGAAAUUCGAACCAGAUGACUUUAGUUUUAACUAAUGUAUUACGUAUUAUACUUUAUGUAGAUUAUUGUAAAUCAUUGCUCUUUUUUGCAACAUUACUCUAUAAAAUACCAUACAAA